CCCCCCCCCCCCCACAUUUCUCUCUCUCUCUCUCUGACAACAUCUAACUCUUAACUGCCACUCUCUUCUUCUUCUUCUUCUUCUUCAACCUCUUUAGAUAACAUUUCUGCUCUGUUUUCUCCAACAAUGGCGGCGUCGGUACAGUAUAGGCAACAAGAGAGGAGUUUAGGGAUCAUGAUGAAGGAGAAGGAUGAUGAUCUGGCGUUGUUCCUCGAGAUGCGAAGCCGUGGAGACGAGAGGGACGACCUUCUUCUUCACCUCUCCGAUGAUUUUGAUCAUCAAUUAGGAUCAGAACAGCACAGCUCUUCCAUAUCUAAGAUAACAUCGACAAUGCCUGCACACAGGACCGGCGCUGAUGAAUUUCUGAACUCAGAAAAUGAUAAAACUGAUUAUGAUUGGCUUCUUACACCACCCGGUACCCCACUAUUUCCUUCAUUAGAGAUGGAAUCACAGAAAAUUGUAAUGAGUCAGAUUGGGAUUUCAAAUGGUCAUCCUGCUACUCAAACAUCUAUGCUGGCUAAGCCCGGGCCAGAACCUGCUUCAACAAAUAAUGAAACAUCUCGGCAGCCAGUUUUAUCUACUGAUUCAAACUCUUCCAUUGCUGCAAAUAAAAGGCCAUCAUCGUCAUCGGGGCGGACAUCAACGGCUCCUAGACAUGCAACACCAACUGGACGAGCCACAUUACCCGCAACAACAAAGCCCUCAAGACAAUCUACGCCUACUUCACGAGCCACAUUAGCCACAACAACAAAACCCUCAAGACCUUCUACGCCUACUUCACGAACCACAUUACCCAUAACAGCAAAGCCCUCAAGAUCUUCUACGCCUACUUCACGAGCCACAUUAUCCACAACGGCAAAGCCUUCAAGACCUUCCACACCCACUUCACGAGCAGCAUUGCUUUCCACUAAGCCAAUAGUACCUGCAGUGCGAUCCUCAACUCCAACAAGACCACUGGUCCGUUCUUCUACACCAACUGCCAGACCCUCUGUACCAGCAACUUCCAAGUCAAAUUCAAGAUCUGCAACACCAACACAUCGAUCAUCAACCCCUUCAAAUCGCUCUUCUUCAGUGACAAAGUCAGGACCCAAAUUGAAAAAUCCAGUGUCAUUGCGUGGUACUUCUCCAACAGUGAAAUCUAGGCCAUCGAUGCCUGAGAGACCAGUUUCAGCAUCUAAGGGUAGACCAGAGGCGCCUAGUGCUCGAUCCUCUUCUACUGAGACUUGUUCUAAUGGAAGACCAAAACAGCAGUCGUGUUCUCCUUCAAGAGGACGGGCUUUAAAUGGUUGUGCUCGUAGCAAUGGAAUUGAAAGCUCGCGACUUGCAAUGAGCAGAGGACAUUCUACUGGCAGUGAUGAUGUGAACCCUGUGUUGAUGGGAACUAAGAUGGUUGAAAGAGUAGUAAACAUGAGGAAACUAGCUCCACCAAAACAAGAUGAUCAUAUCAUGAACACUAGUAACUCAGGGAAGUCAUUGUCCUCCCAAGAAAAUUCUGGGUUUGGAAGAACGCUUUCAAAAAAAUCAUUAGAUAUGGCUAUGAGGCAUAUGGAUAUACGGCGAACCAUUCCAGGUAAUUUACGCCCUCUGGUGACAAACAUUCCGGCUUCUUCUGUGUACAGUGUGCGAUCAGGCUCAACAAAAAGCAGGACAGUAAGCGUUUCAGAUUCUCCUCUUGCCACAAGUAGCAAUGAAAGCUCUGAGCCAAGUGUCAACAACAACUCUCAUUAUUUAGAUGGAAGUGAAGAAGUAGAAGAGAACGAUGUUGGCAAUGAGAGGGCUCACUCCUCUUCUCCUUCCAGCCUGCAAGAUGAGUGAUCUCCACGACUCGUCAGGCUGAGAUAUAGUUUGGUAAUGCAAACUUUCACUUUUUUUAAUUUUUAUUGUUGUUUGGAAGCUAAGAAAGGGAGAGCAAAAUUGUUUCUUAAAAGAACAGACCCCCCUGAGAGGCGCUUUAUAUUUUCGAUGAUUUUGAUGGAAAGUUGCUUUUAGAUAUAUUUUUCCAGGAUCAUUUAUUAGUUGAACCUCUGAGCUCACAAUUAUACUUCUCUUGUAAUGUGAACUGCUUUGUAAUUAACUUGUGAUAGUUUUAGCAAAGCUUCUGCCAUAACUGUUUUUGCUUCUGAA